AGAGAUGCUUUAAUGUCCUCAAAGUCUUAUUUAGAGGCCAUGUCUGCUUUGUGUUUGUUUACUGGAAACUUUGAAGCAUUGGUCUCACAGCUCAUGAAGGUGGUGAUUUUGGAUUUCCCAAAACCCACUGUAGCAAAAGUGAACUGUUAUGGACAGAUCCUCUAGAGAACAAAAUAAGUUUCAUUUUGCAUGCUGGCCCCAGUAGAUUGGUUGCAGUUGUCAAGAGCACUGUAUCGAGAAGGGUAAAGUGGCAAACAAAACAGUGCAGUGAUCCAUAAUCCAUGUCUUCCGUGAAUGCAGAAGAGCAGAGUGCCUGCCAGUGAGCCAUGUAUUUGAUGUCCCUGUUCUAUCUAAAAGGCCAUUUUGCUAAGGGUGCUUCUUUCUUCCUGAUAUGAAUGCUACACAGGUUGAAAACUCACUGUACCUUAUUUUUGUUUUUACUUUUAAAAAUGCCUGCAUUUAUUUUUUUAAACAGGCUUAGAACCUACACCAUGGAUAACUUAUUGGACUUUGCCUGAAAGGAGUCAUUAGUGCCACUGGAUAUUUGACCAUCCUGGCCACAGGUUUUACAGAAUGAAUGGAAGGCCAUGCAGCAUGAGUCUCCACCGGACAUCGGGAACCCCACAGGGGCCUGGGAUGGUCGGUGGCCAACACAUCCCCCCCAUCCGAGCCCACUCGGGGACUCCUGGCCCCUCGUCCUGUGGAAGCACACCAAGUCCCGCUAUUGGAAGCCUUGUUAACAGUCUCCAUCUCAAGAUGCCCUCGGGAGGAGGGAUAGCUCCUCAGAACAGCAUGGCUGAGAGCCCCAUUCAUCUGCCUGCCCUGAGCCCCAGGAGACAAGUGCUCACCAAUGGGAAGCCACGAUUCCAGGUCACCCAGGCUGGCAGCAUGUCAGGGUCACACUCUUUAAAGCCAAAGCAGCAGGAGUUUGGAAGCCCUUUUCCUCUAAAUCCUGGGAAAGGGGCUCUUGGCUUUGGGCCUCAGUGCAAGUCCAUUGGAAAAGGCAGCUGCAACAAUCUAGUGGUCACCAGCAGUCCCAUGAUGGUUCAGCGACUGGGACCCAUUUCACCUCCAGCAAGCCAGGUCUCUACAGCAUGCAACCAGAUCAGUCCUAGCUUACAGAGGGCAAUGAAUGCAGCCAACCUGAAUAUACCUCCUUCAGAUACCAGGUCCCUUAUUUCACGUGAGUCUUUGGCGUCCACGACUUUGAGUCUGACGGAAGGUCAGUCGGCCUUGAGCGUGAAACAAGAGUGGUCUCACAGCCACAGGGCUCUCCCUUCACUCUCCUCCAGCCACGGCUCUCAGAAUGGCAUUGACCUAGGGGACCUCCUUAGCCUGCCUCCCGGGACAUCCAUGUCCAGCAGUAGUGUCUCUAACCCAUUGCCAUCCUACCUUUUUGGCAUGGAAAAUAGCCACUCUCCUUACCCUAGUCCCCGGCACUCAUCCACCAGGUCCCAUUCGGCCCGCUCCAAGAAGAGAGCACUGUCCUUGUCCCCACUGUCCGAUGGCAUCGGGAUAGACUUCAAUACCAUCAUUCGCACCUCGCCCACAUCCUUGGUCGCCUACAUCAACGGCUCGAGGGCUUCCCCGGCCAACAUGUCCCCGCAGCCGGAGGUCUAUGGGCAUUUCCUGGGGGUGCGCGGCAGCUGCAUUCCCCAGCCGUGCCCGGUGCCCGGCGGCCAGAAGGGCGUGCUGGUGGCCAGCAGCGGCCUGGCACUGCCGGCCUACGGCGACGACGGCGCGCUGGAGCACGAGCGCAUGCAGCAGCUGGAGCACGGCGGCCUGCAACCCGGCCUGGUCAACCACACGGUGGUGCAGCACGUUCCGCCGCUGCCACCGCCCCAAGGCCCCCCGCCCCCCUACCACGCCCACCCGCACCUGCACCACCCGGAGCUCACGCCCCACGCCCAGCCGCUGGCCCUGGCCCAGGCCACCGUGGACGACGACGGGGACGUGGACGACGUCGGGGGCAAGCACUGCUGUCGCUGGAUAGACUGCAGCGCCUUGUAUGACCAGCAGGAGGAACUCGUGCGGCACAUCGAGAAGGUCCACAUAGACCAGCGCAAAGGGGAAGACUUCACCUGCUUCUGGGCCGGCUGCCCUCGAAGGUACAAGCCCUUCAACGCCCGCUAUAAACUGCUGAUCCACAUGAGGGUCCACUCCGGGGAGAAGCCCAACAAGUGCACG